CAGACGCAUUCGAGUAACAGUGAAACGAAUUUGUGUGUUUAUAUUUUAAGCGUGUUUUAUAUACAAAGUGAACAAUAUGUUGUCCAUGCACGAGCUAAUGGAUAUGAGAAUGCAGCAGCAGCUGGCGCAUGAAAUUUAUCGCCAGCAGAUCAUGCAACGCAUACCGGAUCCCUUUCCGGCAAUGCUGCCACUGCACUUGGCUCAGCAACAGCCACAACUUAUGCUGCCCAGUCGGCCCACUCUGCCGGGCGUGGAUGCAAAGCUGGAGAACAACGAUUUGUGGCAGCAGUUCCAUCAGAUUGGCACCGAGAUGAUCAUCACCAAAAGCGGACGGCGCAUGUUUCCCUCGAUGCGCGUCUCGCUGAGCGGCCUGGACGAGGAUGCCAGCUACUGCGUGCUGCUGGAAAUGGUGCCCAUUGGCGAUUGCCGCUACAAGUUCUCCGGCUCGCAAUGGGUGCCCGCUGGUGGCGCCGAGCCGCAAAGUCCCCAGCGCAUGUAUCUGCAUCCGGACAGUCCGGCAACGGGCGCGCACUGGCAAUCGCAGGCGCUGCUCUUCAACAAGGUCAAGCUGACCAACAACACUCUGGACAGCAGUGGACAUAUUGUCUUGGCCAGCAUGCACAAGUAUCAGCCACGUCUGCAUGUCAUACGCAGCAGCGAGCUGAACCAGCUGCCCUGGGCGCCACAGCAGGCGUUUGUCUUUCCGGAGACGGAGUUUGUUGCCGUCACAGCUUAUCAGAACGAUCGCAUUACCAAGCUGAAGAUUGACAACAAUCCAUUUGCCAAGGGCUUUCGUGAGACGGGUCAAUCACGCUGCAAGCGCAAGCUGAACAGCAGCGCCAACUCCAGCGUCGAUUCCGAGGAUGAUGUGUCCAGCGUCAGCAGCUGUGACUCACCGCAGGCGAAGCGUGCACGCGCCGACUUUGAGCAGGACUCACAGCGCAGUCUAUCGCCAGUAUAUCGCAGCAGUAAUCCCUAUCAGCCAGUUGAAUCCUUUAUGCCAUCCGCUUACUUUGCCGCCGUGCCACAGCCCGCAGUUCCCGCAGUUCCCGCAGCAGCAGCACCAACUACAACAGCAACCAGCAAAAAGCGCAGCAGCUUUAGCAUAUCCGCCAUUUUGGCCUAUUAGGGUGCCUUAUGUGCUUGUUGUUGUGCCUCUAGAGCUUUAGUUGUGAUUACCAGCGUGCAGUAAAUUAGUCUUA